AUGGGACAACAAUGGAAACCAAGAGGCUAUCAGAAGCUGGCGGAUCUCAUGGGCUCGCAUAAGGAUGUAGCAAUAUUUCGCAGAUUUCCCGCGCUUACAAUGUUGAUUCUGCUAAAGCUUCAAGCGGAGUUAAUCGAUGUUGAGCUUCGGCUUCGGAAAGCUUGCCAGGACGACGAAUUGACCAGUAAUGCUACGGCGAAGCUGUAUUCAGUGAAUUUCCACACUCUUCAUCAUGCCGGACAGUGCAGCUCUCAGUUCGGACUCCUGAUGGAAUGCCAAGAGAAACUGCAGGUUUAUCAUGCGUGGCUAUUGCAGGCUACUAGUGUGGCACAGUUGAAAGCUCCUGGAAAACUUGAUCUUCAAUUUCUCCAAGAUUGGCUAGAGGAUGAGGAAGGAGGAGCCCAUUUUCUACAAGGAGAUGAGCAAACAACCUGGAAUAAAACCAACCUCCGAGACUUUGUAACUCUGAUUGACGAAGAAGCGCGUGGCUUGAAUACCCGAAAACCUUAUGCCUACCUGAUAGACUGGUAUCAGCGAAUAUGGAGGGGAUAUAGGAGUGUGAAGCACGAAGAGAAAGCUACAAGAACCACUGUGAUGAACAAGCUGCAGCACGCACGGACCAUUUACGCGAAGAACCCGCUGGUCUUCAACUAUGCCGAAUCGAAAAGUGGCGAAAUUGUCUCACAGCUUGCCGUUACGGUCGUCGUAUCUGUGUUUUCAGCGCUCACCAUUCCAUGGCUGUAUCAUGUCAACAGGAUUGUUGAGCGCAUUGGUAUCACCAUUGGCCUAACCGCCCUCUUGGGAAUCAUCCUGCGAGUCACCACAAAUGCGACUGUGAAAGGGAUUUUUGGUGUGACUGUGGCGCUCGCCACAGUCGAAAUGGUUUUCAUUUGGAGCACAACCUGA